AUGGCUGGCUUCCAUACAGAUUGUAUAGAGAAACCUCUCUCCCGUGGUUUCAGGCAACUAGGAUGGCUGAUUGGCAGAUACCCCUGGUGGUUUCUUGUGAUUCCUAUCCUUGUAUCUGCAGGGCUAGGAGCUGGUUUUUAUUUUUUACCACAGAGAGAAGCAUAUGACAUAGAAGAGCAAUUUACACCUAUCGGAGGACCAGCCAAGAAAGAGAGAGACUUUAUAAAAACACAUUUCCCAGUCAACGACACUGGACAGUUUUCUGCUACACGACUUUAUACAGAAGGUUCUUUUGUUUCGUUGAUUGCAGUCAGUUUGUUUGAUAACGUUCUGACAGCAAACACAUUUAGAGAACUCUUGAAAUUGGACGAGAAGGUGAGAAGUUUGAAUGUCUCAACGUCAGAUCUUGGGAAGGAAGAGAACCUUACUUUUUCCCAGCUGUGUGCAGAGAUCCAGGGUCUCCAAUGUCUUGACUCAAACCCUUUGCUAAGUGCAGUGCAAAGUAACCCUGAUAAAAUAGAGACAAUCUAUGUGACUUAUCCAAUGUUCCAGAAUACAUUUCUGGGGACGUAUCUUGGAGGAGUCAUGCUGGGCCCAGAAGAAAUUGUACAGAAAGCCCGUGCAGUGAGAUUAGUGUAUUACCUGAGAGAAGACAGUGGUCAAGACAAAGCUAAAAGCUUACUAUGGAUCAACCACUUCAUCAAUUCCAUCCCAAAUGAAAUCAGUACAUUGAAUUUGACAAAUAUAGAGGUAUCUUAUUUCACUUCAGUGUCCAGACAAACAGAAUUUGAAGAUGCCACAAAAUCUGUGAUCCCUCUAUAUUCCAUUACAUAUUUUGUGACUAUAACAUUUUCUAUCAUGUCAUGCACAAGAAUGGACAGUGUGAGAAACAAGGUGUGGGUCGCUUCCUUUGGAGUAAUUUCAGCUGGGUUAGCGGUCCUGUGUAGUUUCGGUUUGCUGUUAUUUUGUGGGGUUACUUUCGUUGUUACAGUAUCCAAUGCCCCGUUUCUUAUUUUAGGUGUUGGAGUGGAUGAUAUGUUCAUUAUGAUUUCAAGCUGGCAGCAAACUCAAGUUAAGAAGUCUGUCGAAGAAAGAAUGGCGGACACAUAUGCAGAAGCGGCUGUAUCAAUUACUAUAACGACUCUUACUGAUGUUCUUGCCUUUUACAUAGGAAUUAUGACAACUUUUGGAUCAGUGCAGUCAUUUUGUAUAUAUACUGGAACUGCCUUAGUGUUUUGUUUUAUAUAUAACCUUACCUGUUUUGGUGCAUUUUUGGCUCUCAAUGGCAGAAGGGAAGAGAGUAAUAGGCAUUGGUUGGUUUGUAAAAAAGUAGAAAAACAUGCUGACAGCGAACGUUCGGCUUUCUACAAAGCCUGUUGUGUUGGGGGAGCAUAUGACCAGACAACAGGUAAGGAGGUAGAACAUCUGGCUACUGGCUUUUUCCAUAAAUAUUAUGGGCCAUUUCUCACAAACAUCUGGGUCAAAAUUAUGGUUGUCAUGUUGUAUGGUGGAUAUUUAGCCAGUGGUAUUUAUGGGUGUCUUCAAGUACAGGAAGGAAUUGACCUAAGUAAUUUGGCUUCUGACGAUUCUUAUGUAUCUUCAUUUUAUGACAAAGAGGAAAAAUACUUUUCAGAGUAUGGUCCGAGAGUUAUGGUUGCUAUUACCAAAGAGGUCCCAUACUGGAAUUCAGAUGUUCGUAAUAAAAUCGAACGUUGCAUGGAAUCGUUUGAAAAUAAUUCCUAUGUUAACAAAGCAUUUUCUGAGUCAUGGCUGAGAGUAUAUGUUACUGUUGCAGAACGAUUUAAUCUGGACUUAAACAAUCAGAAUUAUUUUAUUGGAAAUGUCAGUAGGUUGUUUGUUAUUUUCCCUGAAUUUCAGCAAGAUAUGCAAUUGGAAUUGGAUGUCAUAAAAGCUUCACGUUUUUUUAUUCAGACUGUUAAUGUAACCACUGCAGUUGAUGAAAAAAAUAUGUUAAUCCAGCUCAGAGAUAUAGCAAAGGACUGUGAUAUUCCAUUAUUGGUAUAUCAUCCAGCAUUUAUAUAUUUUGACCAAUAUACGGUUAUCAUUCAGAACACUAUUCAAAAUGUCCUUGUGGCUGCUGCCGCUAUGUUUGUUAUCUCGAUACUCUUAAUUCCAAACCCACUCUGUGCACUGUGGGUGACUUUCGCAAUCGCCUCCAUCAUUGUUGGUGUCACUGGUUUCAUGUCUUACUGGCAGGUAAAUCUAGAUUCUAUAUCAAUGAUCAACCUUGUUAUUUGUAUCGGGUUUUCAGUUGACUUCUCAGCUCAUAUUUCAUACGCUUAUGUUUCCAACAAGAAACCAAAGGCAAAUGACAGAAUAAUCGAUGCCCUGCAUUCUCUGGGUUACCCCAUUUUACAGGGAGGUUUAUCAACAAUCUUGGGGGUGGUUGCACUUUCUGCCUCAGCGAGUUAUAUCUUUAGAACUUUUUUUAAGAUAAUUUUUCUUGUCAUUGCGUUUGGCAUGCUCCAUGGGCUAGUUUUUCUGCCGGUGUUUUUAACUCUGUUUGGAAAUUGUGGAAAAAAACCUAAGGUUGAUAAGUCAGAUCAUGAGCUGUGCACUGGUACAAUUAAAAAUCCACACAGCCUUGAUUUUUCAGGAGACCAUCAGGGACAAAAUGACAAUAGCUCACAUUACAAGUUUCAAAACCGAUACAGGUCUGAUCCUGACUGCCCAUAG